AUGUUGAAUGAUGAAAAUAACGACACCUAUGAUGUGGACGGCUUGGAGGAAAGUUCAAAAGAGAAACCAAACUGUGAGGCUCCUGCUGAAAAUCUGGCCACUGCUGUUGUGCUGUCGGAAGAAGCUGCUGUCCCCUCUGACGCUCCACCUAGUCCUGCAAGCGAGAAAACUGCUGAAGAGAAAGAGAAAGAGCCUGAAGCCACUGAGGAGGCUGCUUCCACAGCCAAGGAAAACAUCUACGUGUUUGAGCCUCUGAAUAUGGAGUUGACAGCUGCUGCUGAGGAAAAUCUGAUCCCAAAGAACGUGGAUGGUGAAGCUGCAGUCAUGAAUGACACGCCCGUCUCUUUGGCCGACCCUCAGUCUGCAGAAGCAGGAACUCCAGCUGGAGGAGAUCAGGAUGAAGCUGUCGACAUUUUUGAUGAAGACCUCUUCCUGCCCUACGACACGCCUGAAACCUUGUCGGCUACUGAGGAAAUGGACAUGCUGGCAGUUGAAAUCAUGGAGGCUCAAAUGCAAUUUAAAGGUUGCGCUCAUCAAGAUGCUGUGAUGAGGGAAGAGGCUGAUGAACCCAAUCCCAGCACCACUGGGAAAGCUAAUGAUAAGUUUGAAGAUGGCGAGGAUGAUUGGAUGGAAUUCUCGGACGACGACUCAGUUUGCGAUGUGAGCAUGGCGAUUGACGAAGAGGCUGCUGACGCUGAAGGUGAAGAACAGGAAUUGAGUGUCCAUCAAGAGGCCCCUGAGAAAGAGACAGCAGACUCUCAGCAAGUCAUCCCCAUGGCUGAAAACAAAAGCCAAUCGGCUCCACCUGCCGACGCCGACAAAGUGGCUCUCGACUUGCUGCAGGCCGAGAAUGCUGGGGUGCCUGCCAAAGUCGUGGAGGAUCAAGUUUCCCACGUGGUCAGCUCUGAUUUUGAGUUGGCCAGUCUUUGGGACACUCACGAGGAGAUUGAGACGCAUUCGCUGGCACUUGAGGUGCCUGCUGAAAGGGCAGCCGAUGCUCCUUCCACCUUACAGAGCAGCAAUGCAGAGGAAGCUGCUGAAGUCCAAAAUACUGAAGAAGAUGAAGAACCAGAAAUGGUGCAGCCAAAGAAAGUGUUGAAGCGCAAAUUAGGCGCGCUCCAACAGAAGGGCUGUCCUAAAAAGGCAAAGAAGAGCUGCAAGUUCUCUCCUGGCAAGACGGACACACCUCAGCCGAUGAUGAAGAUUGAUGACGAAGCUCCUGACGCCAUGGGAAGGCCCAGGCCGAAGAAAACGGUGGGAAGGAACAAGAGGCUGCUUGACUACCCUGAGUUUGAAGUGCAGCGGAGGAAGAAGAACAAGCAGCGCAGCCAAAGGGAGAGAAUCAACAGGAGAAUGAAAAUGCUGGUUGGUCGUCAGCUCUGCGGUUUCACCGUCAUUAACCUAUAGAUGAGCAACCAUAGAAUAAUAUGUUCCUCUCUCAUUUAACCUUUGAUACCUAUUUUUUUACAAAAAGACCACGCUUAAUUCCUUUGAAAGGAAACCUAAAUUUUCUUGAAGUUUAACGUGUUACCUUGUACUGCGUCGUUUGCAUGAAUCUCGUGCUGCAUUUUAAAAUGCAAGAUUUGUUAAUUGUGCUGGACCAUUAAAAAUAAACUGCUCUA